CGGACUCAAACGAGAAACAUCGCAGUUAAAUGGCUCUCAGAAAAUUUGUGGCGAUUACCGGUGUCCUUAUCGUGUUUCUCGCAUCAUGUGUUCACGGAUUACUUUUCGACGCAAAUACGGAUCCCUGUUGGUACUCAAACUAUUCCAUCGAUUGUUCAGGCAAUGGACUCAUUUCAAUCCCUGUCUUCAACCUGACCCGUUAUGCAGCUGUUUGCUUUAGUGCAAUCGUCCUAUCUAACAACAAACUUUCAAGUAUUGCAAACGAUGCCUUUAUUCAGUUGAGCUCCCUGAAUUGUUCAUAUACAAUACUGCUUGGCGGUAACAAUAUGUCUCAAAUUAACGAAUACGCUUUUCUUGGAAUUGAAGCCCAUGUCGAAGGGUUAUAUUUAGAUACAAAUAGUCUUACCUCGCUGCCAGAGGCUCUGGGUUCGAUUAUCAAUCUGAAAUUGUUAAGGCUCUCUGGAAACCCGCUAGUGUCAUUGAAUCCGUCAGUCAUGGCUAAAAUUGGGCAUUCUCUAAAAGACUUUUCUGUUGGAAUGGCAUACUUUCAGCAGUGGCCGAUCGACCUUCAUUUCUUAUAUGAACUAACACACCUUUAUCUAUACGAUAUACCUUUUCAGAGUUUGGAUUCAGAUGCAUUUCGUGGACUGACACAUCUGCAUUCGUUGUCAAUAGAAAGCGCUAAUUUAAAAAAAAUCCCAAAUGUAGUAUGUGCUCUUCCCGACCUUUUUCUAUUAGAGAUAACUGGCAACAACUGUUUUAAUGAAAGCAAGUCGGACGUUUUUGAACCAUGCAAUAAUGUAACCGGUAUGACAAGGCUUGGCAUUAUAAAUUAUAUAUUCAAUAAUGUUGAUUACUUUCCAAACUUUGUUAAAGCGUUUCCAUCUGUAAACACCGUUUAUAUGUAUAGCAAUGGUAUGCGGUUUAUGGAUGCAGAUAAAUUUGAAGAUAAUUUUAGUGUUUGGCAUCUUGUUUUGAUUGCCAACCAGUUGAGACGAAUUCCCAGCGGCUUGAAUAUGUUUAAACGUCUGAAUGAUUUGGAUCUCAAUAGCAAUUUAAUAGAAUGCGUCGAAGACAAUGACCUCAUUGGAUUACGCAGUUUAACAAGUAUUAAUCUAGCAUACAAUCCAAUCCAGUUCAUCACAAACAAGGCCUUUCAAAACAACAUACAACUCAUGCACGUAGACUUGUCUCGUACGUUUCUGACUACCGUUCCUGUCGCCGUUACAAUGUUACCAGCUCUAAAAGCUUUACGUAUUGAAGGAAAUGACAUCGAAUGCACGUGCGAACUGGCAAAUCUGAAGAGUUGGAAUGUAUCUUCCAUACAAAUAGACGGACUAUGUUACCAAACGAGUGAACGGAUUGAACAUUUUAUCAAGACCUACAUCGACGCGGGUAAGUGCUAGCCCGUGCAAAAAUGAUGACAGUCCAUAACAGAUUCUGAAAACUUUUUGGACACACAUCCAUGUGAUUUGAAAUGAAAACUUAAUUUGUUUGAGAUUAUAUUUUGUUAACUUGUCGAAAAUUAUAUUUGACAUAAAGCUUACAAAAACUAAGAACUACUGUAUAGCAGUAUUUACAAAGAAUUAUAGUUUUAUAUUUUAUUUGGAGAAAUGUAAUCACUUUGUUAAAUAUGAACAAUCAAUUAUGUUUUCUUGCUUGCAAUAUCUGAAAAGGAAAUGAUUUUUAAUAUCUAUGAUUCGCAUUACUUGCAAGAGCGAAAAUAUUUCUAAAAGAAAAUUUUAAUGUAAAUAAUUCAUCAAUAUCCAUAAUAAUGGAGCUUAUUAAAGCAUGUGUGAUGCACCGGUAAUUUGAAUUAUACUUCCUAUUAUUUUUGUCUAUAAACAAAUCGCGGUUUUCAAUUGGUGCUCCUGCGCAUUGUGAUAUUUUGAUAAAAGCAUAAUUGUGUAUUGUGACAAUUAUUAUAUAAUGUGAAACACUGAUGUGUGUACAGUUUUGAUUGCUAUAAUUCUGGAUAAUUUAAAUAAAUAAUAAGGUGCGGGUGUUGGAAAAUAAAUGAAAAACAGUAUUCCUCUGAAGUUUUCAAAUACCAAGAACCGUAUCACCAACGAUAUAGCUCACAUUAUCCUAUGCUGCAUACCACCUAUUAUAAUGUGUGAUUUAAAUAAUAAAUGAAGAGUCUUCAAAGCAUCUCAUAAAGAGUUAACUAUUGAAAAAUAUUUACAGUUAUUAAGAACUAAACAUUCGAGUUGAAGCAUUGUUAUCACAAAAAAUCAAUAGUAUUGGUAAUUAUUAUAAGAAUAAACAUUACAGGCAAUAUGUUUAAUGUGUAAUAUGUAUACCAAGAAGACACUAUUAUAAACAUUACA